GAUCGUUAGCAGUAAUGAAAAUCCGCCUUCACGCAAGAUGUGACACCUCGCGGCCAACGAUGUUAGAAUUGUAAUAUUUUCCGGUAAAGUAGUUUGGCAGUUCUUUCGGACGUUGUGCAAGUAAAAACGUACGCGAAAAAUGUAGAAUUGCGUGAGUGAAACGGGAAUUGAUCACGUUUUGAACCACGCUGCUUGAAACGCAACGGAACUUCCGUGAAUCGUGUUCGUGAUUGCAGUGUACAUUACAUAUAGUAACAUAUAUCGCGAUAGGGCGCCCCGAACCGUAAUAAAACAUCGAUCGGUGCAGUGAAAGUGGCAAAAAGAAAUGAAAUCUAAGUGUUUUUUCAUCAUGUAGUCGAUAGGAUCUUCACAACAGACCUUUAAGCGUAUAUUAAACACCAAUGCUUGCAUUAUUCACGUACAAGGUUAAUGCGCCUUGAUUCCCCAAUAAUUGUGGAACACCAGGGCAUUAAUAGAUGAAAAUGAGUGGGGAUAUGUUUGAGGGAAAGGAUUACCCUACCCAAUGGGCCCUAAACCCUUCUGCUUAUCAGAACAUGAGUAACGAUCAAGUUGACUGGGCCGCAUUAGCUCAGCAAUGGAUCAAAAUGAAAGAGACUGUAGUGCCACCGGCACCACCACCGCCUGCUAUUAAUCCUAUAUGUUCUGGAACUGAUGGUAGCGGUGAAGCACCAAUGGACAUGGACACAAAAGAUGAUGAUAUACCUCCAGCACCGCCUGCACCUACAAUCAGUGGAUCAGCUGAAUCUUGGACCCAAUGGAAUCAAUGGGGCCAUUGGAACAGCUCUGGUUCUGGUGCAGGUACUUGGGAGUGGACUGGUGUACCUCCUCCUGGUGUUUCUAUAGGUUCUGAUGGGAAACCUAUGGGAAUUCCUACAGUACCAGUUAUUCCACCUGCUCCAACCAUAUCAACAACAUCUGAAUUUAAUGUGCCACCUCCAGCAGCACCGGCGUUGUAUUCUUAUAAUUCAGUACCUCCAACACAACCUUAUAGUCAGGUCAGUAGCUACUGGUCAGGAGAACCACCUGCUACAAUACCACCUCAGCCACCCCCUUUUAUGAAAGGAGUUAGACAUACAAAUAGAGCACCCCAUAUGAGGCCUAUAGAUAAUGUAAGGUGUAGAGAAGACAGAGAAAAGACACCUGAAGAGGAUACAACUACAACCAUAGAUGCAGCAAAACGUAGGCAAUUACCUGCAUGGAUUAGGGAGGGUUUAGAAAAAAUGGAGAAAGAGAAGCAGAAAGCUGUCGAGAGGGAGAGGCAAGAAAUUCUUCGGAAGCAGGAGCUGGAGGCCCGGAAACAGGCCGAAGACGAAGCUCGGGCAGUUCUGAAUCCAUCUAAAAGCAAAUUUGAUUCUGAUUCCGAGAAGGAAACGGAGCAGGAGGUUGACGAGGGAUCGCGUGGUCAGCAAGUGGCUGAGAAGAAUUUCGAGCGCACCCCCGACAUCCUUCUCCGACCGCGGAAGUCCCGAUUUCGAGAUGCAGACUCGCCGGAUGCUCACGCGCAUACCGACAGGAGUCCAACCACACCUUCCAAUGCUACAAUAAGUACUCCCAAGCGAUCGAGAGAAGAUAUUCUGCAAGACGUGGUGAGUGCUCGUCCGGAAAUACUAUAUCGUGAAACGAAGAUGUCUUACAGAACAUUCUUCGAUCAUAGCAGCAGCAUAAUUAGUGCUCGAGCGUAUGUCUUUACAUUGAACGAAACGAAGCCCGGUCUGCUGUGAUAUGGGGUAAUAAUCCGUUCGUUUCAUGUAGGUCUGGGCAUCUAUGGCGACAGCAACAGCGAGUCUGAGGAGGAGCAGAGCGAACACGUCCAGGCUCAAAACAAUGACAGCGACGAGGAACUCAUAGAAACAUUAAGACGGCGGCAACAAGCGUUCAAAAAGACGGAGGAGGAAAUCGAGGCGCGUCUGGCGGAGGAGGAUGAGAGGGAAGAGCAACGUUACGAGGAUCAUUAUAAUAAGCAACAGGAAAAUCAUACUGGUAAUACAAGCUGCAAGGAGACAGUUGAUGAAAAAGAAACGAUAAAUAAUCAAAGAGAAGCGUCUGAAACUUUAUCGAGCGGCGGACAAAGUCCACAGCAACAAAUUGCACCGCCUGACACGGCGAAGGCCGAUACUCCGUCGGGGUCAGCCGACUCUGAGUCUAGCAGUUCCGAGUCGACGAGCUCUGACUCGAGUCGUAACUCGUUGAAGAAGAAACGUGCAAGCAAAGCCCGUGAGCGUGACUAUCGGAAGAGGAGGUCGAAGAGUAGAAGUAGAUCGAGAGGCAGAAAGUCCAGGUCCCGUUCUUCCGAGCGCGGCCGGAAACGGAAGUCCAGGUCCAGAUCGAUAAAGCCUUCACGUAAAGAGUAUCGUUCAAGGUCUUCGAGCAAUUAUAGGUCCGGCAAGAAGCACAGAUCGAGAUCGAGAAACCGUAAACGUCGUAGAUCCCGCUCGAGGAGCUGUCGUAGAUCUAGAUCCGUCUCGACCACGAAGAAACGGUCGCGGUCGCGUUCCAGGGGAAAGAGGAAGUCCCGUUCCCAUUCACGCGGGAGAAGACGAAGUCGGUCGUACUCGAUCAGACGGAGCAAAUCCCGGGCCAGGGAUAAGAGACGAAGUAGAUCACGAUCCAGGGCCAGAGACAGAUCACGGUCACGCUCGAAGGAACGAAAACGUUCUGAGUCUUACGUUUCCAGGAGCAAGAGGAGGUCUCGAUCUAGAUCUAGGGAUCAUAGAAAGUCACGAUCAAGAUCAAGGCAGUCGAACCACCGGGACGGUAAGAAAUCAUCGUCGCAUCGGUACAGGAAUUGAACCUGACACCCGCCCCAACUUUCUAGCCAAGGUUGUAUAUACAUUCAUAUUAUAAUAACUUUUCGAGAUAUUCGUACAGAAUUACGGAACAAAGAGACGAUACGAAAGAGAGGAAAGAUACAAUUUUGUUCUACAUAGAUAGAAAGUGUACACGAGAAACACGGAGCGACGGUUCUAGGAAAUUGUGAUUGUCUUACUUGAAAAUUUCCGUGCGUGUGGUUAUUGCGCGUUAACCAUGCCGGAUCAGAUUAGCGGCUCGCUCUUUUUCCAAUCUAUUAGGGUCCUUAACUUGUAAUAGUCUUCAAGACAGUUUUGUAAUUAUAACAAGACAACACGCCAGAUUUUUACCUCCAUAGUGCUAUUUUGUGUUGUGAACCCGAUCAUUUUUCUCUCCUUACAAUGGUUCAAAACCUAAUCCGAAUUUAACUCGGUUAAAGGGAUCGAUUAGAAACUUACUGCGUUACCGAACCUCUUUCGUUUACCAUUCCAAUUGGAUUUCGGCACCUUUAUUUUAUAAUCACGUCUUCGUUCUUACACGAAAGCUCCUUAGCUUAGAUCACGCGUACACGUAACUUCGAAUUCCUUCCAGACUAAUAAGUUUGCCGACCUUUUUGUUAAUCGACUAAACGCUCGGAAGCUUAAUUGCGAAAAGUACUAAUUAUCUGUAAACGAAACUGACGAGGUACAAAACGAGUUUUCUAUCGGAUAAUGCCCGGAUCAAUUCGAUCUUCUUUUCCCCAGACGCGUUUUCAUUAGAACCGCGAGGAUCGUUUCGAUCCGUCUUUUAUGUACCGUUGUCCGCCAUGUUGGAACGAAAACCGUUACUAAACCAAUGAACGUUUUGAAACCCCAUCCACUCUUUGCAUACGAGAGGUUUACCUAUUGGUUUACAAUACAUGUAUUAACAUACGUUUGAAACACUUUUGAACCGACAAUUUCAAUGUAUUGUAAGUACGGGCCUUACAUACACAUUGCUAUGAUAAGUGUAAUGAGUCAUUUUUAAUUGAAAUAAAUAAAAGAAAAAAAAAGAAAAAAAAGAAAUCAUAACCGAACGUGAUAGAAUGAAAUGUCUUCACCCUGCAUGAUCAGUUUCGCGAAGGUAAGCUCACCAUUGUUGUUUUGAGGAUGAUCUUCAUUUUCCCUCCUAGUUCUAUUUCUUAUUUGUCUUCUUAUCUCUUAUAUAUUUCUUCCUUCGUUUUCCUUUUUCUCUCUUCUUUCGCAAUGAUACGACGGGAAGAAAAUAGUAGUCGUUCUAUUGCAUUAUCAUAAUUUAUUUCAUAUAAACAUUUGAUACAGUUUUAAAAUUUCGUUUUUGUAGAGCUUAGCUUUAGUAGUAGUGUUAAUAGUAAUUAGAUUCUAUAGAACGUAUCGGAGAUAAAUGGAUGGAGUGAUCGAGAGUCAAAGUUUGGUUUGGCAUGAUAUCGUUAACGGUCACUUCGAUACAUUUUGGAUAUAUAAAAGAAUAUCCGCAGAACAGAAUGCGACGCGCCAGGGCACGUGAUUUCGAAGAGUGAUGUCGCGAUAGUUUUUAGUUAAGUUUAUAAACAAUGGUGUACAGGUAUCUGCAAAACAUUUGUAAAUCUUUCUUUUUUUCCUGCUUGAGCAACUCUUUUUUAUGGGGAGAAAGCGGUAGAUAUGUCACUUUAAUGAUAUUCCUUUGUAAUACUAAUUUUGUAGCGGGAUAUUUUCUUUGUAUAAACAUUCUUCUUUGUAUUAGACACCUUUUUUCGAAUUUUUUUUUCUCUCUUACUUUUUAUUCUCAAUCCUCUUUCACUGACCAAAACUACCAUGAUUCCUGGUUAAGUUUAUUUAUUUUCAAUAAAUAUAAGUUACUCAGAAACAGACCUGACUAGUUUUGUAUUAAACUAAAUUUGUAACAAUUAAUAAAUUAAAAUAAAUAAGAAUUCUUCUACUCCUACCUAGUAUUUUCUAUAAAAAUACUUACAAGCUUGAAAUAUUUUAUAGUGCAUAAUAAAUAUUUGUAAAAAAUAAUAAACCUUUAAUAAAACUCCUUAAAAAUCGAUGAAAAUGUUUAUUCUUUAAUUUAAGAUUCCCAAACCAUUAACAUUUCUCGUGACGGUCUCGUGGAAAAAUUUUAGGGCAUCCAAUUCCAGGAGGACAUUUAUUAAUUCAUAUGUGUCAGUGAAAGGAUUAAGAAUUUAAAAUUAAUAUACAUAAAAUUAUCUUCAAAACUUACCAAGAAAAUAUCACUGUUACAUACACAUUUAUCUUAUAUUUAUUUAAAUCCUCGCCUGUGAUAUGUGCAGUAUAUCAUCUCAUUUAUCAUUAUUAUGUAAGUAAACAACAAAGAUUGGUCUCAAGUCUGACAAUCAUCUUCACUGAAGCAGGCAUUCUGAUAUAAUUUUCACCGGAAUAAUUCAACCUGAUAGAGUCAUAAUUUGCAUAUUAUCUGCAGAUACCGGUUACUAUAAAAUAAGGUACGUAUUUUGAUCUAUGUGGGUAGCUAUGGGGAGUCUAUUAUAUAGACUAAUCUUAUCUAUGCUCAUUAGGAGAUACCUUACUUUAAAUAUACAGUAAAUAUACAUGUAUGCUUAAAAUGUUAAAAUAUUCUCACCACUGUGAUCAAAUGAUAGGGGGUAGUCAGUUAUCAACCCUGAAAUCACAGAAUUAGGCCUCAUUUUAAUCCCAUUGCAAGUAUAAAUUUAUUUUAUCAAAAAUGCUCUGAUUUACCAAAGAAGUAUUUUAGAAUAAUUUUAUUUUUCGCAUAACGAAGACACAUCCAAUUUUGCAUUUUUAUAAGAAAAUCUUACAUAGAGGCCUAUGUGAUUUACAAGUUAAUAAAUGACGUAAGGGAUGCAGUUCCUUGUGUAGACGUAUUUAUAGAUAAGUGUGUACAGUUGAGAGGUAAUUAAUUUAUCAAGCAAGAUUGUCACCAGGGUGGGUUGCCAGUGAGAACAUUGUUACAAUUUAAGCAUAGUGGAUAUCAUUAAUUCGCUUUAUGUAUGGACUAGACUCAAUUACUUAUAAUAGUAGAUCUUCAUACGAUAUUGCAAAGAAACGUAGUUUCAAGCUGUUACAGAGAUGUGAAUUUACAAUGUGGAUUGUCAAGACUUAUUAAUGACAGUUUCUUCAUCUCCUAUUUGAUGCUCGCAAUGAUUGACUCGGAUGAAGAACUUACCGAUAACAGAUCAAUAAUUCAAGAUAAUUAUCUGGACGUAUAAUAGCUAUUUCUUCUCGCUAUUAUUGGCAUUAACAUCACUUCUUCAGAUACCAAAGAAAAAGGGAGGUGGAAAUGAUGUAACAAUGUGUCGAUUCAUCUGUAAAGAACCAUGCCAAUAAUAAGUCUCAACGCGUUCAUCGCAAAGC